AUGGCCAUGGUGACCGGCGGCUGGGGCGGCCCCGGCGGCGGCGGCGACACGAACGGCGUGGACAAGACGAGCGGCUAUCCGCGCGCGGCUGAGGAAGACUCAGCCUCACCCACUGGUGCCGCCAGCGACGCUGAGCCGGGCGACGAGGAGCGGCCGGGGCUGCAGGUGGACUGCGUGGUGUGCGGGGACAAGUCUAGCGGCAAGCACUACGGCGUCUUCACCUGUGAGGGCUGCAAGAGCUUCUUCAAGCGGAGCAUCCGCCGCAACCUCAGCUACACCUGCCGGUCCAACCGUGAUUGUCAGAUUGACCAGCAUCACCGAAACCAGUGCCAAUACUGCCGCCUCAAGAAGUGCUUCCGGGUCGGCAUGAGGAAGGAGGCGGUGCAGCGCGGCCGUAUUCCGCACUCGCUGCCCGGCGCAGUGGCUGCCUCCUCGGGCAGCCCCCCGGGCUCAGCGCUGGCGGCGGCGGCGGGCGGAGACCUGUUCCCGGGGCAGCCGGUGUCGGAGCUGAUCGCGCAGCUACUGCGCGCGGAGCCUUACCCCGCGGCGGCCGGGCGCUUUGGCGCGGGCGCGGCGGGAGCGUUCGGCGCGGGGGGCGGCGCGGCGGGCGCCGUGCUGGGCAUCGACAACGUGUGCGAGCUGGCGGCGCGGCUGCUCUUCAGCACCGUGGAGUGGGCGCGCCACGCGCCUUUCUUCCCCGAACUGCCCGUGGCCGACCAGGUGGCGCUGCUGCGCCUCAGCUGGAGCGAGCUCUUCGUGCUGAACGCGGCGCAGGCGGCGCUGCCUCUGCACACCGCGCCGUUGCUGGCCGCCGCAGGCCUGCACGCUGCACCCAUGGCCGCCGAGCGUGCUGUGGCCUUCAUGGACCAGGUGCGCGCCUUCCAGGAACAGGUGGACAAGCUGGGCCGCCUGCAGGUCGACUCGGCCGAGUAUGGCUGCCUCAAGGCCAUCGCACUCUUCACUCCCGAUGCAUGUGGCCUCUCGGACCCAGCACACGUGGAGAGCCUGCAGGAGAAGGCGCAGGUGGCCCUCACCGAGUACGUGCGGGCCCAAUACCCGUCCCAGCCCCAGCGCUUUGGGCGCCUGCUGCUGCGGCUCCCAGCCCUGCGCGCCGUCCCGGCCUCCCUCAUCUCCCAGCUGUUCUUCAUGCGCCUGGUAGGUAAGACGCCCAUUGAAACGCUGAUCCGAGAUAUGCUGCUGUCGGGAAGUACCUUCAACUGGCCCUAUGGCUCAGGCCAGUGACUGGACAGGGCCUGGUGCACUGUGGCUGGGUCUACAGACCUCAAGGGAUGUGGAUGAUUGGGUCUGGAGUGCGGCCCCAGGUGGAGGACCCUGGCUUCUCUCAGACUAUUUUUUAAAGACUGAAAUGCUUGUCUUUUCUUUUUUUAAAAUGAUCAUGAAACCAAAAAGAGACUGAUUGUCCAGACUCCAGCUUCAUCCUCCCCGGAACCCCUGGCCAAGAUGGGGGGUGGGAGGGACUGAGGGUCCAAUCCUGGGACAGCCCGGUCCCUCAGUGCCCCGUGCAUGAACUUGUGGGACAGUGGGGUUGGCUUCCCUGUGUCAUGGACAAAGGCCUGAUGUCUGGACUAGAAGGGCAGCCACUGGCCAGGCAGGGGUAGCGUGUGGCAGGUGGAUCCUCUGGACGUGUAAUCCAUGUUGGACACUACAUGAUGAAUGAAUUAAGGCCAAUAAUAAAGACAUUUCCUACCCACA